UUAAUAUUCAAAUGGAAAAGUCCACAGACCCACUCCAAAAGGCUUUCGGAGCCAUCAUCGACUCAGUGGGUUUUGUCCAACAUGUCUCUGGACCCACUCACUGUCACAGUCAUACGCUGGACCUAGUUUUGUCCCAUGGAAUAAAUGUUGUGGAUCUUAAUGUUUUUCCUCAUAAUCCUGGACUAUGGGACCAUCAUUUUAUUACGUUUGCAAUUGCAACAAAUAAUCUGCUCAGACCCCAACCAAGGAACAUCAAAAGUCGUGCUAUAAAUUCACAGACAACACAAAUAUUCCUUGAUGCCCUUCCAGACUCCCUCUGCCUACCCAAGGACGCCAGAGGACAAAAAUCAGUUAACCACCUAACUGAGGAUCUCAAUUUAACCUUGCGCAAUACCCUAGAUGCAGUUGCACCCCUAAAAACUAAAAAAAAAUUCUCAUAAGAAACUAGCUCCCUGGUACACAGAAAAUACCCGAGCUCUGAAGCAAGCUUCCAGAAAAUUGGAAUGGAAAUGGCGCCACACCAAACUGGAAGUCUUCCGACUAGCUUGGAAAGACGGUACCGUGCAGUACCGAAGAGCCCUUACUGCUGCUCGAUCAUCCUAUUUUUCUAACUUAAUUGAGGAAAAUAAGAACAAUCCGAAAUUCCUUUUUGAUACUGUCGCAAAGCUAACUAAAAAGCAGCAUUCCCCAAGAGAGGAUGACUUUCACUUUAGCAGUGAUAAAUUCAUGAACUUCUUUGAGGAAAAGAUUAUGAUUAUUCGAAAGCAAAUUACGGACUCCUCUUUAAACCUGCGUAUUCCUCCAAACCUCCGUUGUCCUGAGUCUGCACAACUCUGCCAGGACCUAGGAUCAAGAGAGACGCUCAAGUGUUUUAGUACUAUAUCUCUUGACACAAUGAUGAAAAUAAUCAUGGCCUCUAAACCUUCAAGCUGCAUACUGGACCCUAUUCCAACUAAACUACUGAAAGAGCUGCUUCCUGUGCUUGGCCCUCCUAUGUUGAACAUAAUAAACGGCUCUCUAUCCACUGGAUGUGUACCAAACUCACUAAAAGUGGCAGUAAUAAAGCCUCUCUUGAAAAAGCCAAACCUUGACCCAGAAAAUAUAAAAAACUAUCGGCCUAUAUCGAAUCUUCCAUUCCUCUAAAAUUUUAGAGAAGGCUGUUGCGCAGCAACUCACUGCCUUCCUGAAGACAAACAAUGUAUACGAAAUGCUUCAGUCUGGUUUUAGACCCCAUCAUAGCACUGAGACGGCACUUGUGAAGGUGGUAAAUUACAUUUUAAUGGCAUCGGACCGAGGCUCUGCAUCUGUCCUCGUGCUCCUAGACCUUAGUGCUGCUUUUGAUACCAUCGAUCACCACAUUCUUUUGGAGAGAUUGGAAACCCAAAUUGGUCUACACGGACAUGUUCUGGCCUGGUUUAGAUCUUAUCUGUCGGAAAGAUAUCAGUUUGUCUCUGAAUGGUUUGUCCUCUGACAAAUCAACUGUAAAUUUCGGUGUUCCUCAAGGUUCCGUUUUAGGACCACUAUUGUUUUCACUAUAUAUUUUACCUCUUGGGGAUGUUAUUCGAAAACAUAAUGUAAACUUUCACUGCUAUGCGGAUGACACACAGCUGUACAUUUCAAUGAAACAUGGUGAAGCCCCAAAAUUGCCCUCGCUAGAAGCAUGUGUUUCAGACAUAAGGAAGUGGAUGGCUGCAAACUUUCUACUAUUAAACUCGGACAAAACAGAGAUGCUUGUUCUAGGUCCCAAGAAACAAAGAGAUCUUCUGUUGAAUCUGACAAUUAAUCUUAAUGGUUGUACAGUCGUCUCAAAUAAAACUGUGAAGGACCUCGGCGUUACUCUGGACCCUGAUCUCUCUUUUGAAGAACAUAUCAAGACCAUUUCGAGGACCGCUUUUUUCCAUCUACGUAACAUUGCAAAAAUCAGAAACUUUCUGUCCAAAAAUGAUGCAGAAAAAUUCAUCCAUGCUUUUGUCACUUCUAGGUUAGACUACUGCAAUGCUCUAUUUUCCGGCUACCCGGAUAAAGCACUAAAUAAACUUCAGUCAGUGCUAAAUACUGCUGCUAGAAUCCUGACUAGAACCAAAAUAUUUGAUCAUAUUACUCCAGUGCUAGCCUCUCUACACUGGCUUCCUGUCAAAGCAAGGGCUGAUUUCAAGGUUUUACUGCUAACCUACAAAGCAUUACAUGGGCUUGCUCCUACCUAUCUCUCUGAUUUGGUCCUGCCGUACAUACCUACACGUACGCUACGGUCACAAGACGCAGGCCUCCUAAUUGUCCCUAGAAUUUCUAAGCAAACAGCUGGAGGCAGGGCUUUCUCCUAUAGAGCUCCAUUUUUAUGGAACGGUCUGCCUACCCAUGUCAGAGACGCAAACUCGGUCUCAACCUUUAAGUCUUUACUGAAGACUCAUCUCUUCAGUGGGUCAUAUGAUUGAGUGUAGUCUGGCCCAGGAGUGGGAAGGUGAACGGAAAGGCUCUGGAGCAACGAACCGCCCUUGCUGUCUCUGCCUGGCCGGUUCCCCUCUUUCCACUGGGAUUCUCUGCCUCUAACCCUAUUACAGGGGCUGAGUCACUGGCUUACUGGGGCUCUCUCAUGCCGUCCCUGGAGGGGGUGCGUCACCUGAGUGGGUUGAUUCACUGUUGUGGUCAUCCUGUCUGGGUUGACGCCCCCCCCCUUGGGUUGUGCCGUGGCGGAGAUCUUUGUGGGCUAUACUCAGCCUUGUCUCAGGAUGGUAUGUUGGUGGUUGAAGAUAUCCCUCUAGUGGUGUGGGGGCUGUGCUUUGGCAAAGUGGGUGGGGUUAUAUCCUUCCUGUUUGGCCCUGUCCGGGGGUGUCCUCGGAUGGGGCCACAGUGUCUCCUGACCCCUCCUGUCUCAGCCUCCAGUAUUUAUGCUGCAGUAGUUUAUGUGUCGGGGGGCUGGGGUCAGUUUGUUAUAUCUGGAGUACUUCUCCUGUCCUAUUCGGUGUCCUGUGUGAAUCUAAGUGUGCAUUCUCUAAUUCUCUCCUUCUCUCUUUCUUUCUCUCUCUCGGAGAACCUGAGCCCUAGGACCAUGCCCCAGGACUACCUGACAUGAUGACUCCUUGCUGUCCCCAGUCCACCUGGCCAUGCUGCUGUUCCAGUUUCAACUGACCUGAGCCCUAGGACCAUGCCCCAGGACUACCUGACAUGAUGACUCCUUGCUGUCCCCAGUCCACCUGGCCAUGCUGCUGCUCCAGUUUCAACUGUUCUGCCUUACUAUUAUUCGACCAUGCUGGUCAUUUAUGAACAUUUGAAAAUCUUGGCCAUGUUCUGUUAUAAUCUCCACCUGGCACAGCCAGAAGAGGACUGGCCACCCCACAUAUGCUCUCUCUAAUUCUCUCUUUCUUUCUCUCUCUCGGAGGACCUGAGCCCUAGGACCGUGCCCCAGGACUACCUGACAUGAUGACUCCUUGCUGUCCCCAGUCCACCUGACUGUGCUGCUGCUCCAGUUUCAACUGUUCUGCCUUAUUAUUAUUUGACCAUGCUGGUCAUUUAUGAACAUUUGAACAUCUUGGCCAUGUUCUGUUAUAAUCUCCACCCGGCACAGCCAGAAGAGGACUGGCCACCUCUCAUAGCCUGGUUCCUCUCUAGGUUUCUUCCUAGGUUUUGGCCUUUCUAGGGAGUUUUUCCUAGCCACCGUGCUUCUACACCUGCAUUGCUUGCUGUUUGGGGUUUUAGGCUGGGUUUCUGUACAGCACUUGGAGAUAUCAGCUGAUGUACGAAGGGCUAUAUAAAUACAUUUGAUUUGAUUUGAGAUAUCUGUAUGGGCUUUUUUGCAUGGGCUGCAUCUCAAUCCGCCGAUGUCGGCCUUCCGCAUCUGCGGUGGAAAGUGGCAGAGCUACACACUGUUUGUCAGACCAGUAGACAUUGAAAAUUGAUCUUCUCAUGAAAACGUAGCGUCCGAACGGUUUAGCCGACUAACUAAUAUGACCACUAUAUGAAAAGAUGAGACUCACGAACACGAUGGUGUACUCCGUUUUUCUCUACGACCCCCACAAGCCCCAUGGGACUGGUCUAAAAUCAGUACCGCCGAUGUGCCAACGUCUGUCUAUAGCAUCUGAACCGUUUGGGCUACAAACUAAUAUAACCCACAGGAGGUUGGUGGAACCUUCAUUGAGGAGAACGGGCUUGUGGUAAUGGCUGGAGUGGAAUCAGUGGAAAAACAAAAAAACAGGUUAAAUAUGUGUCCAAAAUAAGUAAAAUAUUUCCUGAGUGUUUUUAUACUGUAUCUCCUAGAGACACUUAUUUCUAAAUGUUUUUUGAUUUAAAAAAAAAAAACUUUUCCAUUUAUGAAUGUCUUAUUCAAUGCAUUUCUAUGGGUUAUAGUAGUAAAGCCCAAAUCCAAUAUUUUAUCAAAUAAUUUAAAAACAAUCCUAAAUUCUAAGUGAUACAUGGUAUGACAACUUUAAAACAAUUUGUUACGUUAGUUUCACAACCGUGCUUGUUUAGAGCUCCCUCAUAAUCGGUUCAGAGACAACACAAGUUGACACAUUCCAGAGUGGACUUGGCUCCCCAUCUGUCGGCUUACCUUGGUUUAGUCAAUCAUUAAUCACUGCUAUCAGGAAAGCAUCGUUCAGACGACAGGACGCCAUCUCAACACGGAACUGACAAGACACUCGUCAAGUGUCCGUCCUCUGAGAAUAGAAAAACAAAGUCUCGUCCUUUAUUACAUCAGUCUUUCUAUACGAGGUCAGUUAGUUCAAAAGUAAUUGUCCCUCCCUAAAUUUGAGACCUACUCUAAAUUUUGUCCUAUUCAUAAUACGUCUAGGGUUUGUGGUGUUAGUGGGAACUGUGCUCUCUGAGAGGAUGAGGAGAGGAGUUAACUGCAGCUGGUUAGGAGCAGAGAUCCCGCUGUCCUGGGAGUUCUUCAGUGUGAUCAAGGAUGAGCUAUGGCUGUUUCUCAUUCCUGCUGGGUUCGCUGUGGUCAUGCUGGCCCUGUUCCUAGAAGAGGUGGGCUUCUUCCUGCGUCACGUGCCCUACUCCAGACGCCGGCACCUCUACCUGUGGAUACUGGGCAUGUACCCGGUCUUUGGCUUAACCUCAAUCAUUGCGCUGUACGUUCCUCGCUCCUCCUCACUAUGUAGCUUCAUAGCUUCUCUGUACCACUCCAUUACUUUGCUAAAGUUUAUGGGGCUCAUCACAGACUUCUUUGGGGGUAAGGCCCGCAUGCUGGAGAUCUUAGCUGGAGAGCAGGUGUCUCCGGAUCCGUUCCCAUGUUGCUGCUGCUGUUGCCUCCCUAUGAUAGCCAUCAACAGGACCAGUCUGGGAUGGAUGAUGGCUGCUGUGCUGCAACUGUCUGUGGUCAGAACCAUCCUGUUCUUUGUCACUCUGGUCCUCUGGACAGAUGAGCAGUAUGACUAUGGAGAUGUGGAUUAUGCCAAUCCCAAUAUGUACAUGAAUGUCAUCAUAGGCGUGUCUACCUUCUUGUCCUUCUAUGGCCACCUGCUGUUUUACAAGGCCACCAAAAAGGCCUUGCCUGGCUAUGGGCUGAGGGCCAAAUUUGUCUGUAUCAUUGUAGUGUUGGUGCUGUGUGGCCUUCAGAGUGGAAUCCUGGAGACCAUGGGGGCCCUGGAGGUGGUGCCCUGCACCCCUCCCUUCUCUGUCCUCAUGCGUUCCCAGCUAAUUUACCACUACUCUGUGAUUGUGGAGAUGUUCUGCAUAUGCCUCUUUGCCCGCCACACGUUCCGUAAAGUGGAGCCUAGUCUAGAGGAGGGCUUUGGGCUGGAGGAGAGGCCCCCCAGAGGCAUGCUGAUGGAGCAGGCUGUUCAGACUGAAGACGUGGUGCCACUCAGGGAGAACCCCUGGCCUUGCUGGGAAGGCGCCGGAGUCUCCAAUCCCGACUGUAUUAGGGACAGCAGUGAGGACAGCCUCUGUAAAGUCGAACACGCCCCUUUGGAUUGCUUCCCUUUCCCUCUUCAACCGAGACGUCAAGAGACGGUGAGGCCAGAAAACGUAACUGAUGAAAGUGGCACUUUGGAGUUGCCCAAACUGACUGUCACUGCUGACAUCAAUGUUGUAAAGUCUAGAAAUGUUACUGUUGUAUGACAACAUGGAAUGUACUGUCCUGGAAUCUCCUGGUGGGAAGACAACAUAGGGGUCACCUCCAGAAAAUAGAAGAAACACGCCAUACCGCUUGAGGUAACCUUAACCAGUUUGUUCCUUUUUGCGUAUAUUGACUGAGACUCUGGCUCAAUGCAUUCUAUCUAUUCCUUAGCUGAAUGAAGAUGGUAGCUACUGGUGUAAUAGGCUGUUUUUUCCUACCCAGAGUUUUUCCCUACUUUUUAUACUCUACAUUUUGUUUUGCAAUGUUAUCUCAAAAAGCCAAUAAACUCAUUUUUAAAACGCC